AUGGCCACGUUCCAAAAAUGGACGGUUUCUGAGCCGUACGUCGAUAUAGCGGGAACCUUAUUGGAAGGGCCUUUCUUUGACGAGGCCAAGAAUGAGUUUCGUUUUGUGGACAUCUGGGAGCAGAAACUCUAUGUGCUGGACCAGGCUAAGGGCCCAGGCUCCCUGAAGACGUUGGACACGUCUGCGUCGAUCGGGGUAACUGCCAAUAUCGAAAAUGUUGAUGAUAGCAACCAGGAGCAGAUCGUAGUGGCGGCGAAAGAGGGAUUUGCUUUUGUGAACCGCAACACGGGAGACCUCUCGUACAUCAACAAAGCAUGGGAAAUCCAAAACGAGCCGGAGAAGGCAGCCAGAAUGCGUUUCAACGAUGGAGCGGUCGACAGCCACGGUCGAUUCUGGGCGGGCUCUAUGAAUGAUCCCAAGGUGCAGACACCGGUCAACGAGGGUGUGUUGUUCCGGUUAGACCCCGAUAUGAAACUGCACCGCAUGGUGGAGCAGGUCACCAUUCCCAAUGGAAUUGGAUGGAAUCUCGCCAACGACACCAUGUAUCUGACCGACUCACCCACGGGAAAGAUUUACGCCUUUGACUUCCAGGCCGAAACCGGGGCAAUCAGCAACCGGCGUGUCCACUAUGACCUGGGGGAGCCCAAGGAGCCCGAUGGCUUCGCCAUCGACGUGGAAGGCUGUAUCUGGAGUGCGAUUUACGGAGGCGGUAAAGUGAUCCGAAUCUCGCCCGAAGGGAAGCUCAUUGGUGAAGUGUCGCUGCCCACCAGAAACAUCACCUGCCCGGCCUUUGUGGGGACGGAGUUGUUCAUCACUACGGCCAAGGAUGAGGCUAACGACGAUCAAUUCCCUGAUUCUGUGCGAUAUGGUGGCCGACUCUUUAAGAUUGAUGUGGGAAUAGAGGGUCAGCCCAAGAACAAGUUUCGCUUUCAGGGCUAA